GCUGCAACGGCACAGCUGAGCUGUUUUGAAUCCCUGUCUUUUUAGCAAAGGAGGUGUUUACAGGGGACCAACAAGUGUUAAAAAGGAGGUGCUUUUUGCGUUUGGUGCCCGCUGCAUUUCACUUUACAACUAAGCGAGAGCAUCAAACUUUUCUUUCUGUGCAAUGUUUGGCCCCAUAUCUAAUCGGAUUUGCAAUCAAACAUUUUGAUGUCACAGAAUCAUGCUCUUCACUUCUUUUAGGGCUCCACCCGACGAGAUUAAAACUUCUGCGGAGAUUUUAUGCCAUCACUUAGACGCUCCCAUCAAUUUCGGUCCUCUUUGAGCUUGGGAUGUAGAUUGUCUCUAAUGUGGCUGCAUGAGCUGAAUAUUCUUUGUUCUUGCUGCUUAUCAAAGCUAACAGAAGGGAAUAUGCCUUGACAUCCCAUUUCGAAUAGCCUGAAUUUGUUUUUUCCUAUUUGGACCCAAAAAAAAUUCUGAAUUUGGUGUUGAAGACAAGCAUACUCACUAAUGGCCACUGGAAUUGAAUUUAAUUCCUUUUUCUCUGCUUUUAUCACCUUCCUUUUCCACAGCCAAAACCGUAACCUUUUGACUAUUCGUAUCCCUUUCAAGCUAAUAAAAAUGACUUUUGGAGGGAAAACAAAAUCACAUAAAGGCCAUGUUAUUUAAUACAGUAACUCUAAUUUCUUCUUACAUUAAGUUUGAGCUGAAAAUAAACAGUCCUGACAUCCAUAUGAUUUGCCCGAGACAAGGACAUUCUUAAAGGAAAGAAGACAAAACAACAGACAGCAAAAAUUUGCAGGGUCUUUGGAUUUGGUCAUGUUGGCUAUCUAACAUUGGUCAAGCUCAGUGACGUCAAAGCCUGCCAUCAGAGGCAUCUGGGUGCUUGUUUAGGGUUUUGGAAUCUGGGUUUUUUAAGAUGCAAGGCUUUCUGGGUUUUUGCUUGCUGUUUGUGGAGUUCUAUGGAUUCUUGAAGUUGAAAUUUAUCUCCAAGUUUGUCUUUUUUCCCAAAGAGUUAAUGUAGGCAUGGACUUGUGGAGUUUAAAACUAAGAGCUAGAGAUUAGAGUAGCAUCUGGAUUGAAGUUUUCUUGGAUUGGAUGGUGCUUGGAAAUCUUCUUUUGUUUAUUGUUGGCAUUUUCAGCUAUGCAUCAGGUGCAUUUGUAGGAAUAAAUCUUGGAACUGAUGUUUCAAACAUGCCAUCGGCUCCAGAUGUGGUUUCAAUUCUCAAAGCCAAUCAGAUUACUCAUCUGCGCCUCUAUGAUGCUGAUGCCCACAUGUUGAAAGCCCUUGCAGACAGUGGGAUUAAAGUAAUGGUUGGUGUUCCAAAUGAGGAGGUCUUAGGAAUUGGAGAAUCUGCAUCAAAAGCAGCAGCAUGGAUCAAUCAAAAUGUUGCAGCUUACUUGCCUUCAACCAACAUUACAGCCAUUGCAGUUGGCAGUGAGGUUCUUUCCUCAAUCCCUAAUCUUGUCCCUGUUUUGGUUCCUGCCAUGAACUACCUCCACAAAGCCCUUGUUGCUUCAAAUCUAAAUUUUCAGGUCAAAAUUUCAACCCCUCAAGCCAUGGACAUUAUCCCAAGGCCUUUCCCCCCCUCAACUGCCACCUUUAAUUCCUCAUGGAGCGCUACAGUUUAUCAAAUUCUUCAGUUCUUGAAAAACACAGACUCGUACUACAUGUUAAACGCAUAUCCAUAUUUUGGAUACACAUCCGGAAAUGGCAUUUUCCCUCUUGAUUAUGCUCUCUUCCGUUCACUUCCCUCGGUCAAACAGAUUGUUGACCCCAACACUCUUUUUCACUAUGACAGCAUGUUUGAUGCUUUGGUUGAUGCAACCUAUUAUUCUAUAGAAGCUCUGAAUAUGUCUGGGAUCUCAAUUGUAGUUACAGAAACUGGCUGGCCUUGGCUUGGUGGAGCCAAUGAACCUGAUGCCACUGCAGAAAAUGCUGAGACCUUCAAUAGUAAUCUGAUUCGGAGAGUUCUAAAUGAUUCAGGGCCACCUAGUCAGCCUCAAGUUCCCAUCAACACAUACAUUUAUGAGUUGUUCAAUGAAGACAAGAGGCCUGGGCCCGUGUCUGAGAAAAACUGGGGCUUAUUUUUUACCAAUGGCAGUGCUGUUUAUACUUUUAGUUUGAGCACUUCGAAUCAAGUUACUGGAAAUAAUUCUGAUUUCUGUGUUGCGAAACCAAAUGCGGAUCCUGGUAAGUUGCAAGCAGGGCUGGACUGGGCAUGUGGGCAAGGAGGGGCUAACUGCGAUGCUAUCCAAGAAGGGCAACCAUGCUAUCUUCCUAAUACUUACCAGAACCAUGCAUCUUAUGCUUACAAUGACUAUUAUCAAAAAAAGCGUUCUGUUGGUGCAACAUGCGACUUUGAUGGUACUGCUGCAACGACUACGGUUGAUCCCAGUUAUGGAUCCUGUAAAUUUACCGGGAGUUCAACUAUCACACCGAACUCAAAUGGAGGAUUUACAACAACUGUGGCACCUGGACCCGUGACUCCUCAAGGAGGGAGUGCGACUGUGAACCUGCCAGUUUCAAAAAUCCAGUUUCUAUUAUCAGCAGUGUUUCUUGCUCUAGUCUUGCUUUGACACCUAGGUCGUUUUGCAUCUUGUUAGGUGUUUCAACAAGUGGUGAAGAUCAUUCACUCACUGAAAAUGAUUACAAAUGCUCGAUGUACACUGAUUAAAUAAUUUAUAGGAAUGUUCAUGUGUUGUUAUUUGGUUCCACCAA